CUCAGCCGUACAGUUCAUCCAAAUCCAAUCCAUUCUCCAUUUCAACAAACGUGAGGGCCUAAGAGAAGUGGGGUUAAAUACGAUCUGAGUUGAUGAUUACUAUAAAACCCACUCAUCUCCCUCCCGUCACGACUGUGUUUUCCUCUUGAACAUCAACCUCUCCUACUAUCCAAACCGUGACUACUAGAAACCUAGUAACUACUAGCACCACUUCCUCACCGCUGUUCCACCCCUCAAGUUCAAUAACUUUCUACAUCAUGCCUGUUACUGCUAUCGAGAGUCUCCGCGACUUCCAAACCCUCAUCGACUCUGGCGAUGUGGUAAUCGUCGACUUCUGGGCUGACUGGUGUGGUCCUUGCAGAAUGAUGAGUCCGAUCUUCGAACAGCUGGCCUCCAUUCCUGAGUCGAGCGCGAUCAAGUUCACCAAAGUCGAUAUUGAUACCCAGCCUGAGAUUUCUGAAGAAGUUGGAAUCAGAUCCUUGCCUACUUUCAUGGUGUUUAAAGAUGGUCAGAAAUUGGACGAGUUGGUUGGUGCUAAUCCCCCAGGCCUGCAUACGCUUAUUCAGCGCCAUGCAUGAUUUUGGGUAAACUAUAUACUACUUAUGUUGUGCUAUGUGCCUUUGUGUGAUGCGAUAUGAGUUUGCUGGAUUUGGAUUAUGUAUAUGUCUUGAAUCACUUUGGUGGUUCUCUUUUCAUUGUUAUUGUUGACGGUAUAAGUUUCGAUUCUUG